AUGAUAAGAAAGCAGAAGGCUGUGAUUGAAGUGCGUCGCAACGGCAAUGUUGCUACAGGCUUGUUAGGAGACUAUGAUUUCGAUCAGAAGAUUGCUCUUGUCAACAUAGCGAUCUACUCCCUUGGUGUUCGUCCUUUGGAUCUCGAUCAUCAGGUGGAAUUUCUUCCCUGCAGUAAGGUAGUAGCUGUCGCACGUGCUGAUUCUGGCACAUUAAUGGCCACAACUGGGAUACUGACCGGUGAUUCAAGUGGAUCUGAAGAUGACAGAUCUGGGGAGCUAGACUUCUUAAGUUAUCCAAAGCCUUCUGCAGCUACUGAGGGCUUGAAAUUGGUUAAUAUAUUUGAAGAGACUUUUGGCGACUUAUAUGGUUCUAGUAAAGGUGUUUGGAGCCAACUUGGCAAAACAGUCUCUCAGAACUUAAGUCGAGUUGUUGUCUCACUGGCUUCAUUCAGUGGAGAAAGAAGGUUCUUUGCAUGCUCAGGCUUAGUUAUUGAAUGGAAUGGAUGCACAAUCAUUCUGACCUCGGCGAGUUUGGUUAGGGAUCCUAACGAUGAAAACGAGAUUGCUGAAAACUUGAAGAUUGUAGUUUUGCUCCCAAACAAACAACGCAAAGAGGGGAUAUUGCAACAUUCCAGUUUACACCACAAUGUUGCUCUUGUUGGUGUCAAGGAUUUCCGUCCUCUUCGUUCAUUUAGUCUUGAAGAUCGGUGGAAUAACAAAACUCGUAAAGAUCCUAAAAGAACUCGUAAAGAUCCCAAUGUAGUAGCUGUGGGACGCUGCUUCAAAUCAGGAGUCCUAAUGGCUACAUGUGGGAGAGGAACCGACUGGUCAGGCAUGCUUGAUUACAGAGGUCUUAGGUACUCCAGUUGUAAGAUCACUAAGGCUGGGAUUGGAGGGCCUCUGGUUGACUUCAGUGGGAGAUUUAUUGGCAUGAACUUCUAUGAUAAGAAAAUAGGAACCCCAUUCAUGUCUAGGGACUGUAUUACUCGAGUGCUGGCACACUUUGAGGGAAAAAGCCCUGUUGAUGAAGUUACCGGUGAUGGCAAGACAAUGAGCUCUGUUGAUAAAGUUACCGUUGAUGAUACGCCAGUCAGCACUGUUGAUGAAGUUUGCAGCACUGUUGAUGAAGUUUGCGGUAAUGGUAAGCCAGUCAGCACUGUUGAUGAAGUUCGCAGCACUGUUGAUGAAGUUUGCGGUGAUGGUAAGCCAGUCAGAGGAUCGCCACCAAUGGAAGUGACGCUAGCAGUCCAGUGA